CGUAAACAAGCGAGCCAUUUAACAAAGUCAGUAGGUUAUUAUCAUCCUGAAACUUUAGGACGAUGGUGGACGUGACAGCUGGUUUAAACAGUUUUUCUUUUGAGACCGGAUGUACAGAUGAGGAGAAAGAGUCACUUCAUCUUCGUGCUCGCGCCUUGACACUGGCAGUUAGCGGGUGUGCGCAAGCAGUGUUCCUGUGUAAAGUCGUCCAAUCACUCAGGGACUCGAUGACAUCAAAAGACGAAAGAGACCUCUGCGUGGGGAUCCUGGGGAUGGGUAACCUGGGAAGGCAGUUGCUCAGGUCCCUCAUUGAAAAGUCCUGCAUCAGUCCUUCAAAUAUUAAGAUCUCCAGUAGAAGACCAGAAUCUGCAGUGGAGCCUAUUCAGUUUGGCAUUGAAUGCUUCUUCAACAACAGCAGACUGGCAGCGUGGACAGACAUAUUGUUCCUCUGCUGUCUGCCCUCUCACCUCCCUAAAGUCUGUGCUGAUCUCCGCUCUCACCUGUCAAAGCACUGCCUGGUGUUCAGCUUUACCUCAGCUGUGCCUGUCAAGAGAUUGGCUCAUCUUCUCGGACAUGACUUCAUUCUCAAACCUCAUUAUGACUUUGUGACUGAUGGCCCUGGAGAUGGCUGCUCCCAGCUAACCACUGCUUUGAAUGACUCUUUGUUGAUAGAGGCAUCACGUCCGCUUACAAUGAGAGGUGGUCCUUCUCUGGGUCUGAACUGGGUAUGUGCUGUGUUGUACAGCCUGCUAAAUAUCUGCACAUCGGCUAACCUUGGUUCCAGUGAUGCUAUUUGUCUGAUCAACAUUAUCCUUAGAGAGAACGGGGCUCACAAUGUGGAAUUAAAUGUGCAGAAUUUAAUCAGUGCAUCAUAUGCAUCUUCUCUCCUUCCCAAAGAGCCUUUUCCCUGGAUUUCUCUCACUGAUGCUCAGACCAAGGACACCCCUCUGCAGUGCUUUCUAUCAAGCAACAAAUCCAUGCAACAAAGCAUCUCAGCAUUGUUCCAACCUCUGUUGCAAAACAGUAAAACUCUACUUACAAAUGAAAAUUAAUAUCCUUCUUCUCAGUAAGGAAAAAUCACAACCCAAAUUUCCAGGAAUUUUCAACCAUUCCAAUGUAUUAAUGUCCCUGCAAAGGAAAAUCAGAAAUAAAUCUCUAAGUAUGGUCACAGUAUUCGGCCAAACCUGUUAAUUAUUGAACUCUGCAGUUUCAGUUAGUCCCAUUGCCACAGGUGAAUAAAAACAAGCACCUAGCCAUGUAGCUUUCAUUUGCAGUGCUCAGUGACUUCAAGCAUGAUAUUGUGAUGAAUGCUGCCUUUGCAAUAAGAUGAUUCAGGAAAUGUCAUCCUUGCUGGAUUUACCACAACUAAAAGUGAUCUUAAUAGAAAGUGGAAGCAUUUAGGAACAACAACAACUCAGCUAUGAAGUGGAAGUCCACGUAAAAUGACAAAGCCAGUUAAUGACUGUUAAGAUGCAUAAAAGUCAGCAGUGCUCCUCUGAUUCCAUAGCUGAAGAGGCUUUUUUUCACAAAAGGCUGCAGUCUUUAGUAUCCUCUGCAACAGUACAUUUUACUGCAUUUAAAUUAAAACAAUCCACGAAUAAAAUUAAUGCGUGUAUUGUUGCCAUUUCAGAAGAACCUUC